AUGGUGAAGAAGAGGAACCCCACUCUCGCCACCGGCGCUGUGAGCAGUGGCACCUCCGUCAGGGCUCCUGCGAACCCACCACGGAGAAGCGCGCCAGAUGCUCCUCCCUCAGCUCCGGCACCGCCAGCGCUGUCAAGCUCCACGGCCGGGCCUGUUCCUGGCGAUUGGAUAGCUUCUACCACCACGAAGCGAGAUGAGAAGAGGGCCCGGAGCCUCGGGAUAAUUUCUUCUGAUGAGGGGAAUGUUAUUCUUCCAGCUGUGGAGAAGGCCGAGGCACUGCCUCCAAAGAGAUCAUCCGGCGGCUUUGCCGAUGAAGAUGAUCUCUAUGAUUUCGAAGAGGGCUUCAUCGAGCCUCCGACCAAGAAGGCCAAGUCUGGUGCCAUUGUGCCAAAUGCAGCCGCUUCAGAGGCUUCGACUCCUGCCGCAGCCCCCAUGGCUCAAAUAUCGACAGCUUCUUCCCUUUCCAAAGGGAAGGAGAUUUCUUUGACUGCCGUGGUUACAGCUUCUCCUCCAGGGAAACCUGAUUUGCGAGCUGUUAUUUCUUCUCUGGAGGCCUUCGCCUCCCAAUAUACUUCUCUGGAAGUUGACAAGACUCAACUGCAAAAGGAGGUCGAAUCUUCUUCCUCGAAGCUAGAGGGUGCGAUAAAGAUAGCUGCCGAGGCCCGCCAGGAGAUCGAUUCCUUGAAGGAUGAGCUCGAGGGGCUAAAUAAGAGGCUGAAGGAUGAAGAGGCAUCCAGGCUCACUGCCGAAGCUCGGGCGAUUGAAAAAAGAUGA